AACGCAAAAGAUGAAAAUUCAGACACAGCAUUCCAUGAAGCUGCGAGGUAUGGACAUAAGGAAGUAGUGCAGCUUCUACUUACUCAUGGUAUUGAGGUUGAUUUCAAAGACGAAAGAUCAAAUACCGCACUUUACUAUGCUUCUAGGAAAGGGCACAAAGAAAUAGUGCAACUGCUGCUCGACAGUGGUGCCGAUAUUGACGCAAAAAACCAAUAUUUGGAUACCGCACUUCACACUGCUACUUGGUAUGGCCGUAGCGCCGUGGUAUGCCUGCUGCUCAAUCAUGGUGCAUCAGUUAACGCCAAAAACGACCAAUCCAAUACUGCGCUUCACAUGGCUGCCAGACAAAAAAAAAACGAAAUAGUGAAGAUGCUGCUCAAGCAUGGUGCGACUAACGCAAAAAUCGGAGCCACAACAAAACACGGCGAUACUGCUCUCCAUCUCGCUGCAGAAUCCAACUAUUCAACCAUCGUGACUACUUUGAUAAAAUAUGGUGCCAAUGUUAAUGCUAAAAACGAAGACGGGAAAACACCAAUUCAAAUCGCUUUAUUGAAAGGCUACGAUGAAAUAGUAACCCAGCUAAAGAAUUCCCGAGAGCCACUUGAAGACUUCGAAGACGAUGCGCCAUGACAUUUAUACCAAGCCGCGGAUGUUGUGAAGUCGAUGUGUAUUAUGGAGAUUGAGAAAUGGAGAAAUUCCGCUAGAGGAGUAAUGAUACGUAAAUGAAAUGUUGUGCAGAGCCUUACAAGAUAUAAAGGUUCAUACGAUAGCCAUCUUUGACAGUGGUGCAGACGUUCAAACACAUGACAACGAUUAACUACCACUGCUCCUCUUAAGUUUAUAUAAAAGCAGUGAAGCCUUUGACUCAAUAUAAUUCUAUACCAUUUUUGCGUCGCAAUUUUGAACUGUACUGUGUGUGCAUUGUGAAAGUGAUGUUACUCCUGCUAU